AUGUCCAAAACUCAAGGAAUUUUCUUGUUUACAGGCAAGCACCUAAUCUUCGCAAAAGACCCAGAGUCCGUCAAAGAUGAGUUCGCCUUCGAUAACCCUGGAUUCCGCCAGGAGGAGAGGAACUGGCACAGUGAAGCACCUACUCUUCCCAUGGGAGGGAAGACUCAUGCUCUACAUGCCGAGUUUACGAAGCCAGAACAGAGUAAAGACGAUUUAUAUAUACAGCGCGCUCGUGUUCGUCGGGUGAAACUAUGGGCUCGAGACUUCACGGGCCUGGGUUUGACGUGUGGUGGAGGAGCAAAGGCUGGAGUUUGCAUACAGUCAGUACUUCGUAGUGGUCCCGCCGCGGCAGCUAUGUUACAACCAGGGGACAAAAUAAAGAGUAUCAAAAUCGAAUUCACUGGUACACCAUUAGAAGACGCGGUGUCCAUUUUGUCCUUGGCUUCCCCGUACCCAGUGGAGCUUGAGGUCAUUGAGGGUGGUCGGGUCAGCGGCGAGGGCUGGGUGGUUCACCAUCCACUGAUGAAGAGAGCUGGAUCUACUGGCGAUGUUAGCACGCUGGAAAAAGAAGGGAAACUCUUACAUCCUCCACGCUCACCGGACCCGUCGCACUCAAACAACUCCACAUUAGAAACGAAAAGUAAAGGUGGCAUUAAGAAAAUACUUGCGGAUAAGAUCAUCACGUCCACAACACUCGAAAGGAACAAGAAAGAGAAAAAGGAAGGAUCCACAACACUGGAACGAGAAAAUGAAAAGAAUUUAAAACUGGCAAAUAAACAAAGACAUUCAGAUAUCCCGCCAACUUUCAGUAAACCAGAAAGAAACAAAAGCAGACAUUCUACAGGAAGUGACGUACAAAUAAUUCAACCAGAAAACGGAACAGCAUAUAACAUUGAAAACGUAGAAGUCCAAAAGAGAGAAAGUGACCCUAAGAAAGGCAUGAAGUUCGGAAUUCGUGUCCUUCCACCUAACGUACCUGAUGAUGGCGUACUUAAGCAGAAAACAGUCGAAAAUGGUGGGGUAACACAAGAAAAGAUUGCGGUAGAUGAACCAGAUAAACCUGAGCCACAAAGACCUGCUCCUACCACACACUUUAAGCACGAAAAUGAAGUCGAGCAUAAAAAACCAGUCGUUGCUAAACGUAGAGAAAAGAUGGCGCCUCCAGUGCCAAACGCAAGAGUAAAAGUAAAUGAAAGCGACACAAGUAUCAGCCAAGAAACGACAAAAAUUUCAGACUCCUCACAAUCUUUUACCAGAACGGAUUUGAAUUCAAGUGGAAUUAAAAGAGAUGAAAACGGCAUACCUCAGGAAUUACCUCAACAUAUGUUCGAUGCAGCUAAAGCUGCUAGAAACAACAGAAAGAGUUCCGCCGAUCUCAUUCAAGAGAAGGAAAGGAAGGAUGAAGCGCCUAAACCUGCAAAGAAGUCUAAAGGAAAAGCACCCUCACCACCAGCUGUUGAAAAAAAUAAAACAGACGACAGUAUAAUGGAGCAAAUGCAAAACGUUAACGACUUUUUAAAAUAUGAAAAGCAACAUUCGAGUUUGCUAUUUGAUACUUCCGCAUCAACCACAACUUCAGGGCUUUCAUAUAACACUUCAACACCAAAAGUGAAUAAGACUAAGCCACGCUUAGAAGAAUCUAUCAAUUUCAGUCAAGAUGAUAUUGACGAUAUUGUAACAAAACCGUUUAAGCGAGAGAGCGAUUCACUGAAUAAUUUCUUCCAGGAUUCGAAAUCUAAUUUAUCAAACCUGGAUGGGCUUUCGGUAGUGUCUCUUAAUAACAGUGACAAAAGUGAAAGGGGCUCCACGACUAUCGAGUUAAAUAAUAGCGAUAUUACAAUUCAUAGUUCUCCUCUAAAUGAAACAACACGAUCUGAGUCCGACGACGUAUCUAUGGAAGACAAUGAAAGGAAGGCUGCAUCUUUAGGCGAUCUUUCAAAAUUUGACCUCAGAGUUAAAACAACAAAGAUAAGCACAGGUACUCUGGAAAGAGCUCAGAGUUUAGAUAUAUCUGCCGAUGACGAAGAAAUUCAGGAAACCACUUUGUCGCCUAAAAAACGAAAGGCUAUGUCUGUGGUAGAAACUACAUUUUUCGACUCCGGUACAGAAGAUGUUUUGUCAGAAAAUCCUGAGAAGAGUGUUCUAUUAAAACAGAAAGAACCUCGCUUGAGCUUGAACAUAGCAAAAACUUCAGCUAUUGAAGGUUUGAACACAUUCCAAAGAAAUCGUCUAAAAAAGGGUUCUGAAUUUGGAAACUUAGAAGAUGCAAUCGUUAAGGGGUCAUCAAGCUCCAUAGAUUCAGAGAAGCAUAGCUCUCAAGAAAUCCACAAAACGCGAUCCCACACCAGCUUAGAUACAACCCAAGAAAGCGAACAUGAAUCAUCAGAUCAUUUGGCAAAAAGAAUAAUGGAUGAAAACAUGAGAGUUCAUUUGAAGCUAGUGUCAGAAUUCGCGAAAUCUACUUCAGAUGGUGGAAACGUUAGUUCUUUAGAAAGCACCCAACAAGCUCACAAAGAUGACUCCGCUAACGAUACAAAAACUACGGCAGUUAAUUACCAAGAGAGGGUCACAAUGAGUUAUGAUACCAAUGUACCUGACGAUAUGAAAGUUUCUCGGAACUCAUACGUAAACAGCUUGGAAAGGCCUAAAUCAGAAAUGAUGAAAAAAUUACUUGCUAAAAACCCUAUCUUCAAUGUUCAUAUCGAUCAAAAUUCCCAAAAACAACAAGUUACUACAAGUAAAGAUACACCUACACCUAUGACAGAUUCACAUAAAUCUGCUUUGCACCAACCGGAUAUAGUAAACUUUGAUUUGAAGACUUCGGAACCAAAAGGUAGAGAUUAUGAUGAGUUUGUCAGCAAUAUAAGAGUAGGUUCGAAUAAUAACAGUUUAAAGUUAAAUCGGAGAUCACAAGAAAUUCUGACAACUGAGUGGAGUGAAGGUAAAGAGGAUCAGGAUAUACAAACCACCAAUGUCGUAACUAUAUCUACAAACGAUAAAAGUGUACCUAUGGAAAAGAGAACUUACACGAAGUCUAUAGAGAUUGGUGAACCAAGUAUUAAACUUAUACCAGAUUUAGUUGACGGAAUCAAAAAGACUGGCGAGAAAGAAACUAGGACGUUAUAUAUGGAGCCCGCGAACGUAUCAUUGACGAUGCAACAAGAACCUGUUCAAAAAACUGUUACUGUUAAUGUUUCUGAAGAUGAAUUUGGCAACAAGGUUAUCACACAAAAUGUCGAGAAGGUUUCCACAAAAUAUAUCACAACAAAAACAGAAGCUCCUGUACAAGUUGAGCAGAUUACAUUUGGUAUGAUGAAGGGAUCAGGAAAUAUAGACGAAAUCGAUUUGGAAGAAGGAAACGUUCAGGACAUAGAUAGUAAAGUGCUUCAAGAAAUAAAAAGACAAAACCCUAACAUGCACUUCACGACAGAUGAACCAUCGUACACUAGAACGGAAACUAUAAUAUUAAACACAGCAGAUAUGGAUGAAAGUCAAGCGAAAUUUCUUAUGGAACGAUUGCAAAACGACCCCAGCUUUAUGGCACAAAAAACUCCUGAGGAAUUAUCUAGACUAGGUAUUAGAAUAAUACAGGACUUAGAAGACAAACAAAUCGCUUCCGAAGACGGGCUCGAAGUAACUAAAACAAGAUAUUCCAUUAAUCCAUCCGCCUUAUCAGAAUCCGAAAAGCAAUGUAAACUUACAUCUAAAGAUAUACAGGAAGAACAUAUAACCGAAAUUCAAGUACUCACGCCACGUUCCGAGAAAAAUGUGAACCAAAAAGAAGACAAAACAUCAAGCAGACAACGAGCACCUCCAACUGUUACCAACUACCAAGAACCAAUGUUGUCAUAUGAGCUUGACAUCGAACUAUUGAACGAUUUCAUAUCAAACGAACGCCAUCAUUCAGCAAAACAGCAUUUUGAUGCGGCAAAACGAACGAAAACGACUCACGGCACAAGCGAACCAAAGAAACGCCAUUCCGACUUCGACUUACCAAGGAACAGCCAUAUUAAAUUCCGAACAGCUACCUACGAAUCACCUAAAGGCACAAUCGUCACGAGCACAGAUUUAGAAAAUCGACGCUUAUCACAAAUGGAUCAAAUGCAAUUGCGAGCGCCGAGUGAAGUGCCAACUGUUUCAAGUCCUAAACCGGUAAUUUUAGCUAAACCGAGUAAUAUUCCGGUGAAGGCGUCCGACAAAAAACCGCUAGCGGGUUUGGUGUCUUCUAAAAUACCUGUGUUCUCCACACAAAAGUCUUUAAGUCAAGAGAAUCUGACUGAUAAACAAUUUUCACUGCCUCGUUCUCCACCCUUAACAUUAAGCACCAGCACGGGAAAUAUUUCUGUUACGUCCAUCAAAAGUAGCUCUAGAAGUCCAAGUGGCGGGCAAUUGUAA